AUGGACAUUAUCCUCGAUGAUUUUCAAAAGAUCGGCAAAGGGAAACGCCGACUCAGCACAAGCACAGCUCCAUCGGCGAUUUGCAAGCUAUGUUCAAGUAUGGUCCGAAUCGACAAACGAUUAUGCCCAUCGAGCGUUCGACAUCUAGUAAGCCAUGUGAAAUUUCAUCUCGACUACAAUCCAUAUAUUUGUCCGGUUUGCAACAAUGCCUACAAAGUGCACAGCAAUGCGAAGCAGCACAUCACGCAGAAGCACCAAAGUGAUGCACAACCACUCGUUUUUGGCGAAACACCACAAUAUUGGAGUGACGUUUUCGAGAAGACGAAGAAAUGUUUCCCAGAUUUCGAGCAGCGAAUUGAUGUCUUUGCCACAAAGCGGCGAGCUCGAAUCAAUCCAAAAAAGCAAGGGACAUUGGAGGAGCAAUUUUUAGAUCUUUCUGGAAUUCAGAAUAUUAAAGAGAUCAACCAGAAAGCACACAAAAAGGAUUACUUUAAUUACUUGUACACGACAUUCAUCUCAGAAAAGGAGGAAACGAGUCAAUCGAACGAAUCGCCCGGGCCAAGCAAGGAUCAAGCUGAAAUUGUUGGAGACAAGUUUCCACAAAUUAAAGAAGGCGAGGUGAUCAAUUGCUUCAAUUUGAGCCAUCAAGAUUUGGAAGAAGAAGUGCAACGAUUAAGAGCUGAAGUCGAAGAGUUAAAACGAGACAAAAUCGAGACAAUGCUGAUCCUCGGCGAAACUCAACUGAAAAAGGAGCAGUAUAAAAAAGAGGUUCUCAAGUAUAAAGCGGAACAACUUAAGAAG